AUGGCGCAAAAAGUCGUUGAAUUCGAAGUUCUUGCAGAAGACGGACCAGCAAGAUGCGCCAAAAUGGGUUUCCAUCGUCCAAAUGACUAUUAUUUUGAAACACCAAUCUUCAUGCCCGUUGCAACUCAAGGAUCAUUAAAAGGACUUACACUAGAACAGAUUUUAGAUCUUCCGCACAAUCCACCAAUCAUAUUAGGCAAUACGUACCAUCUUGGUCUCAGACCAGGACCAGAAUUACUUAAAGAAGUUGGAGGACUUCACAAAUGGAUGAAUUGGCCACAUGGAAUGCUCACCGACAGUGGCGGAUUCCAGAUGGUUUCCCUUGCUAAGCUCUCCACCGUUACAGAAGAAGGCGUCAGAUUUACAGCUCCCCACGCAAGUGGCGCCGAAAUUUUAUUAAAACCGGAAGACUCCAUACACAUACAAAAUGCCAUUGGCUCUAACAUUGCAAUGAUGCUCGACGAUGUUGUUCCUUCUCUUAUGACAGGUCCUCGCGUUGAAGAAGCGAUGUAUCGAACAAUCAGAUGGCUUGACAGAGCAAUUGAAGCUCACGAGCGACCACACGACCAAGCGAUCUUCGCAAUUGUUCAAGGUGGACUUAUCCAAGAAAGAAGAAAGUUCUGUGCCCAAGAAAUGGUCAAAAGAAAAGAUAAACUCGGUGGUUUUGCUGUUGGCGGACUUUCUGGCGGCGAAGCAAAAGAGAUCUUUUGGCAAUCCGUCAAGACAUCAGUCACAGAACUUCCCAGGGACAUGCCGCGCUACUGCAUGGGUGUUGGAUACGCAGAAGAUAUCGCUGUUUGCAUUGCAUUAGGUGUUGAUAUGUUUGAUUGUGUUUAUCCAACAAGAACAGCCAGAUUCGGAACAGCUCUCAUGUGGAAAGGAAACGAACACGUUUCUAAAUGGAAGGAGCAAGACGAGCCAAUUGAAAAAGAGUGCGGAUGUUGGACAUGCAAGCACGUAACAAGAACUGCUUUGUUCCACAUGCAACACUUGCCAAUGUGUGGACAAUUGUUGUCUAUUCAUAACGUGGAAUUCCAAAACAGAUUGACAUCUUAUUUUAGAGAAGGAAUUAAAAAGAAAGAGCUCGGAAAAUACGAAAGAGAUUUCUUCAAUGUAAGAUAUCCUGAUGGAAAUAUUCCACAAUGGAUUGUAGAUGCUUUGGCCUCUGUUAAUAUCGAUGUAAAGAAUUGUUAA